GCGCUCCUCGCUCCCGGCACCAUGAGCCGUGUCCGCCUGCUCGCGCUGCUCCUGGCGCUCCUCGUGGGUGCCCCCGCCGCCGCCGAAUCGAUCCGAGAAACCGAGGUUAUCAACCCCAAAGACCUACAAGAAAAUUACUUUUCUGGAGCCCUCCCCGAUGAUGAAGAUGUGGGGCUGCCCGGGCAGGGAUCUGAGGACUUUGAGCUGUCUGGUUCUGGAGAUCUGGACGACUCAGAGGAACCCCGGUUUAUCCCUGAAAUAUUCCAGCCCUUGGAGCCUAAAGACAACCAUAUCCCCGAAAGGACAUACCCUGGAAGCCAGGCCCCCACCGACCACAAGGAGCUGGAGGAUAACGAGGUGAUGCCCAAGAGGAUCCCACCCUUCGGAGACGAGGACAUGUCCAACAGGGUAUCCAUGUCCAGCACUGUGAAGGGCAGUGGCAUCUUUGAGAGGACAGAGGUCUUGGCAGCUCUGAUCGUGGGUGGCGUCGUGGGCACCCUCUUCGCUGUGUUCCUGGUUCUGCUGCUGGUGUACCGCAUGAAGAAGAAGGAUGAAGGCAGCUAUGACCUGGGCAAGAAACCCAUCUACAAAAAAGCACCCACCCAUGAGUUCUAUGCCUGAAGCUUCCAGGACCAUCAGCUUGGACUUUCGGGGGGAGGGAAGUAGAGGAUUUUGCAGGGUGGACUUGAGGGAAUGGGGAGGGUGUCCCAGGACUGAUCUGUGAGCACCUCCAGCCUGGGCCCGGUGCCUCAGUCAGAAGAUGAGAGCUUCUGUCUUGCAUGCCUCUGUCUUCCUUCUCCCUUCUUUGGCCUCAAUUUUCCUGGCAGAAAAAAAUGGGGUGAAACUGGGCCUUUCUGAAAUCUGGGGUGGGAGCAUUUCUUAACCUUACAGCUGAGACCCUUGACCCAGUGGAGAGCCAGCCAUGACCGACCAUGCCUCACCGAGGGCCCUACUGACUGUUGUGUGCCUCUCCCUGGAGGUGGGGGGCCUACCACCAAACACCCCUAACCCCCAUUCCACCUGCCCUUUCUCAGACUGGUACAAACAGGUGGGAAGAAAUGGCAUGUGUCUGAGAGAGUGUCCACAAACAUGAGGGAGGGGUCUCUGGGGCCUUACCUGAUCAGCCUUUUGUAUUGGGGAAAGCAGGGGUGGGGAUGGGGGUGAGGGCUGCAAGUUCAUGCUAAGACAGAUUUGUGGACUAUUUGUGAAUCUCUUUUUAGCAGAGUAUUUUUUAUAAUGGGGUCUUUCCUUCGGGCAAGAGCAUGCAACUGCUGUGUUCUUUUGCUCUUGCCCACU